AUGCAGCUUCAAUCAUUCUUCGCUGUCGGCCUGGUCGCCGUUACUGGUGUGAACUCUCUCAGCCUCUCAGGCGUAGCCCUCACCGUGGCUCCCGUUCUCGCCCGGGCGGCGGUAGCCGACUUGCCCGAUAUCGUCAUCAAGAGACAGGAGCUCUCCAACGCCGACCUCGUGGCGGCCGAUCUCGAAGAGGCAGGCGACCUUGAGAGGCGCGUCUCCACCGAGCCUGAGGACGAGGAGGAGCCCGUGGAGGUCGUGGCCAAGAGAGGCGAGCAGGCCGCCGAGGAGUUCUUCGCUGAGGACUUGGGAAGUGAUGCGGAUGAGUAA